CGAUUCAGUCGGUAGUUUAGUAAGAAGCGUGCGCGUCGUGUACAAGAAAAACAAAAUUAACAAAAACAAUUGCUCAGUGUUAGUGUGAUUUCAACAAUUCAACGUAAGAGAAAUGUGCUUAAUUGGUGACUGGAGAAAGGAGCAGGCUUAGCAAAAUCGAUGAACGAUUUGGUACUAACUAAACUUGAUAACUGUGCAACAAACCAACAGGAGUAGUUGCAGCAGCAGCAGAAGCAACAGCAGCAGCAACACCAUUUCGUGUCUAUCUGGAAUACCAUCAACAUCGCGUGUCCCAACUUCGAAGUUCCAAAGUGUUUAUUUUUUGUUGGUGAUAGCUGUUGCGUGGGCAACGAUCAUCGUAGGUGUCUUUAAGAACUAGUGCAAUUGCGACCUCUUCAUUCACAAGAAGGAUACAAUCCUCAGGUGCCGUACCUAGUGUUAUGUAAAUGUGCGCGGGUGGCGAUCCGUCGUUGGGUCCUUUACGUGAUUCUAACAUGGGGAAAAGCGCAAGCAAAUUCAGCGAAAAGAAAAAGAAAUCCAAUUUGUCGUGGACGCGUUUCGGGUCGCUGAUUUCGCUGCGUUCGAAAUCUCGAGUAAGCGUUGUCCUUUCAGGAAAUGGAGACACUCCAGCCCGAGUGAAGAGAAAACAUCUGGAGAUCGACAGCUGGCUACGAGCGCUCGACCUUGAACAGUACCUGGAUGACUUCACCGACUACCAGGGCGUUGAAGAUCUGAUAGACUUCAGCGAAGCGGACAUCAAAGAACUUGGAGUCAAGAUCUCCUCGCAUCGCACAGCCAUCAUGUCCAGCCUGACAAUGCUUCGUUCCAAAUACUACAAUGGGAAUGGAACGGAGACUUUGGCGAGGAGACAGCCUUCGAGCAGACACAGCGUCGCCGUCGACAGCCACAAAAAAAUAUUCCAAGAAGAAACAAAAUCUGAUUUGAAGGACGUUUACGAGGCGAUCAGAACAAAAAGUUUGAAAAAUUUCGUAAUGGAGCCGUGCGCGGACCCCUCGAUGGACGUGGUUGCUCUGAAGAAAGCGUUGGAAUGGGAACUGUCGCUGGAUGGAAGAGAUUUGCGAUCGCACGCCUGGUAUCACGGAGCUAUUCCGAGGAUUAGAGCGGAAGAAAUUGUUAGGGAUGAUGGAUCGUUUCUCGUGAGAGAUUGUACCUCGCAACCAGGAAAUUACGUGCUCACCUGUCGACGGAACCAGCAAGCUCUGCACUUUGUGAUCAGCCGGCAAAUUUUGCAGCCGGACACCGUUUACGAACGGGUCCAAUAUCAAUUCGAGGAUGAUCCUUUCGACACGGUUCCCGAUUUGAUCACUUCCUAUGUGGGUUCUGGACGUCCGAUAACUGUCCUAUCCGGGGCUAGGAUACAGACGCCCGUCAACAGGAUGUAUCCGUUAUCCUUCUACGCAACUAAAUAUCCAUCAUCGAUGUACCAAAGUCGCAUGUCUUCACCGGCUACAACUCCUAUGGGCAACAGCUCCUUCCGUUACCCGAUGCAAAUCUGUAAGCCAGCUUCUCCGAACAGAAAUUCCAAAGAUGCGCCUCCUAGACUACCAUCCAAGAAGCAACGCUCUCAAUCUCUGACUCCGGCGGAAGUGAAUAGAAUGGCACAGGAGAAAUGUAACAGUGCCGAUGGGGUCAUACAAUCCCCUCUAAUGACUCGCUCCACCGGGAACGAAUGUUCUAAAUUUUCAUCGCAAUCCUUGCCCCGAAACUCCUGUGCUCGACUCUCAAUUUCCCCGAGCAGCGUUACACUCGGCCGCAACUCUAAAUUAAACCGGGUGCUUAGCGAUAAUUCCGAAGACGAAAAUCUGCCCGAAUCACCACCACCUAAACCAUCUCGCAUUCCCUACAACAGCAAAGAUUCCGAUUUAGAUCCUCUACAAAGAGUUACAUCAUACCACACAUCCGGUUCCGACUCCGGAAAUGGCUCAGGGGAUUCAACUGUCAGCAGUGAUCCUGUUGAACCACCGCAUCGUUCGGGUGUGGUGAUUAAAAAUCCACGUUACAACAUGUCAGCAUCUGAGUCGACAUCCACACUGAAGAAUCACGACUUUGAUUACGUUGCGGCCGAGGAAAAGCUGAUGCAAAUGCCGCAACCUGAACUCGAUCUAUCCACGCAAUUUGAUCUGGAAAAUUUUCAAACGAUUUUACUGCCUGUUAGUGAAAAUAAACCGUUAGAUGGACAAGCGCUCAGGGGAAUUAAAAUAACGUUGAAGGAGGCCGGUUCUAGAAUACUGGCGACUCAUCUUACAAAAGUUGAUUUGGAAAUAUUGGGGAUGGACAAGAGUAGGCCGCAAUCGAAACUCGGUAACGGUCUCGAGCUUUGCACUUUACCCCACGGUCAUCAAUUCCGAUUAGAUUUAAUUGAAAGAACGGAGUGCUUAAAACUUUUAGUAGCCAUAACUAUUUUAACGUGUUACGAUGAAGACGACCGAGCAGAGACCUUAAAUAAAUGGAUCGAAAUUGCAAUCGACACAAAAGCUGCUCUCGGUAAUUUGUACGGAUUCUGUGGUAUUAUGUUAGGACUUUGCUUGCCGCAGAUACAAAAAUUGGAUACCACGUGGCACAAACUGCGACAAAAAUACACCGAUUCAGCGUUUAACUUUGAAGCGAAAUUACGUCCGACUUUAAAAAAUAUGAAUAGUUGCUCAAAUCCGCAAGCUCCAAAUACAACGAUUCCACAUUUGCUGCCUUUUAUACUCCUAUUGGAGCGCAAUUUGGACGAUUUUAUAACACCAUCAUUUGAUCAAAACAGUUUGGCCGUAAACUGCUUGGGUCUGUGGGAAACGAACACCCAAGACUUCGGCCUCAGCACUUUGCUGGCUCACAUGGAUUCCGCACGAAAAUUUGUAAAUUUAAGUCAAACCUUCCAGAGGAACGCGGAUAUAGUUUUAGCUGAAGCCAGGUUAGAUGAGAUUGCAACUGAUAUGUUUAAAACCGAAUUCCAUUUGAAAUUCCUCUGGGGAAGCCGCGGCGCUUACGCAAUGUCAUACGAUAGGCACAGCAAAUUUGAGCAGGUGCUCAACGUUAUGGCUGAGAAAUAUUGCAACAACAUCAAAGAAGAAUCCGAGGUUUAAGUUAUGUUUUCUACUAAUUUUGAUGCACCUCUACUAAAGCAGCUUAUGUUAGAUUUUUUGGGGCCAAAAAGAAACUAAUCUUAUUUUUCUUCCAACUAGUGCAACAAGACGUAAUAAAAAAAAUAUAUAUUAAACGAAAUAGACCAGUGCAUCAAAAUAGAAUUUCAAUUGUGAUUUAAUUGUAACUAAUUUUAGUUUUGACAUAUCAUUAGUCUGGAAACCAAAAAGAAAUGAAAAAGAUGAAACGAAAAUGCUAAAAUUUUUUGGUUACACGUUUUGAUUAGGCAAAGCUUUAAUUUGUGUCUAAAGUUAGUUUGUAGAUAAUCAAAGGUGCUCAUUUAUUAGAUAAAUUUUCGAAAUCAAAAAGAAAAUGGACAUAAGUAACCAAUUGUAAUUUAUGUUUCCUUUUUAAGGUUUAUAUAUUACUGACAAUACAACAUGAAAGACUGCCAAAUAAUUAAUUUUCCUUU